CUUCGGUUCGACUCAAACGUUGCACUAAGUUUUUUAAAGAUCACUGUAUGUCAACAUUCAAAUUUUAUCAUAAUGUUCUGUGUACAUUCACCCGAAAAUAUGCAAAAAAAGGGAAAACAACCAAAGGAAUUGCCGCUGUCGCUAAAAUACGUGAAAUUAAUGUAGAGACAGAUCCAGAGAAAAUUGUAAACUGCUGCUGUAUUAAUUAUAGAAUAGGUGAACAACCCAUUCCACUGAAGCCAGAUAAGUAUGGAUUUUUUAUAAUUAACCCCCGUAGUGAGUAUCCGGAUUGGCUCUGGAAAUUACGGACAGAUAGAGGUUCUCCCCCUCUUGAAGAGGUUGAUAAAAAUUCUUACUAUUAUUGGAGACGAAUUAGAAAAAUGAACCGUAACCUGAUCAAUAAGUUGGCUUCCGUGGAUGGGUGGCAUAGGAAGGAUCAUUGGUCGUUUGAAAAUCAUGCCCUUCGAUUUUAUGGUAACUUGUACUUAGCUGUUAGUGAAUGGUCUAAUUCAAAGAAACUACUUGAAAAUAAAAAUUAAUCCAUACCACCUUGCAUUUACACAGCACGCCCAAGUAUGAUUUUUAUCUGCCAAAUAAGUUGCAAGUCACCUGAUAGUCAAGUGGAAACUUUAUUAUGGCAAUUAGUUCCAUUCGGUGAUGACUUUUAAAAUCUUUAGUGGUGAAUGAUAACGUAUUGUAGUGUGUCCCGUCACUUUCAUAUGUGUGAGUAGCUUUCAUUUUCCAGUAAAAUAUACCUGUUCACAGUUAUUAGUAGAACAGUUAACCUACAAUAUUUAUCUUGACCCACUACACAACAACUCCAAAAGAUUCCGAACUGUAUGUAAGGGUCUUAACAUUUAGGACUCGACAGUUAUUCUGAUAACUAGCCAAGGAUUUAAAUUUAUAGACCAGGCAUCUAAACACAAAAAGUUCAUUUAAAAAGCCCAUAGUAACAUAUUACUUGCAAAUAGGAUAGUAAGAACCGUCUGCUACAGCUUCGCGUACAUAAUAACUUAUUUUUAAUCAGUACACAAUCAUCGCCUAUAAGAUACGAGGAUUUCUACCUGUGCAAUUCAAACCUGGACUUAUUACAAUCAGUUAACUCGUGGGUUUAUGACUUGGAAAAUCACCGUAGUUACCAACAGGUGAUUGAAAUAUAAACUCACAUUUUUAUCAAACAUCAAACUAUUUUAGAUUCAAGAAUAAUUUUUAAAUCACUAGUAUGUAUAUGGGCGACUGUUUGGUGGAUACCGAGGGUUCAUCUGGGGGAGUUAAAAAACCCUGAUUCCGAACCUAUAGUGUACGUGGGCUACAGUAUCCUGAAUGAACCUGUUGUUAGCCAUUGGCUACCAUGAGACUGCAGUCAGUCAGUAACAACGUAGAACUUCGUACGUACGUACAUCAGUUCGAGUUGCCACACCACCUUAGCACAGAGAUGCAGUGGUCGAUUCAAAUCCCGUAGUGGUAGAGGUAAUAAGACUGCAUUUCCUAACGUUGAUUUACUACCUUGAGAAUUAAACCUCUAAGCCAAAGGCUUGAGAAGUGGCCUCCUAAGAAAACCACCUGCUUAGGUUUGGGCGCCCGGGCUGUAUCCCAGCCUCACACAAAUCGAAUGACGAAGUAUGGUGUAUAUAUAUAUAUUUGGUACUUUCUUUUACCAAUAUUUUUGUGUUUAAAUAAAUAAAUGGGCGACUGAUUUGAUUUACAAGACGUGUCAGUAGCGAACAAAUUUGCUUAUGAUUGUGCAACAUUUACUUAUAAACAAUCAACUUCUUGGCGACUGAUAAUUGAUUCUGGGGGAUACUUGGUAAAACACUGGGCACAUUUCUCUUAUUUGGAGCAACUAAAAAGGAUGCUUUAAUUUGCCAAUUGCUUAAGUAACUCCGACCGAAGUUUGCUAUCCCUGAAAGGUAACUAGUUGAGUAACAUAUUUGUGAUUUACAAAGAACUUCAUCUACUCAAAAGUUACACAUUACUUGAUGGAGAUUAAUAAAUCUCGGUUUCUCUCAUGGAUGACAGAUAUUCUGACUGAACAACUUACUGGAUCGUUCAGAAUUCAAUGGUGAAGUACAAGUGCUUAACGAUUCUAGAUUAAAAUUAUCUCACUCAUCGUCACCAAGGACAUGUGUAACGCACGUGAUAAUUGUCAGGGUAUAAGCCAAUUACUAGUCAUGUCUAAAACAUUUAGUUUCAUUAUACUUGGAGAUAUUGCACGGACUCCAUGUGAGGGCUUGUCUUGUGACGCAGUUGGGUGCUUUCCUCAAUGUGUGUCCUAUCCACUUCCAGCGCUUCUUCCUGAUUUCUUCCUCCACUGGGAUCUGGUUUGUUCUCUCCCACAGUACGUUGUUGCUAAUAGUGUCCGGCCA